CGUGCAUGCCGAUGUUUCCGGCAAGACUUUUGCCACGUCAGGAGGACAUUUGUCACCGGGCUGGCUGGCGUGAGCAGGACGCAGCAGGACAGAGGCCAAGGCCAAGGAGUCCCUCCGCCACACACGGACUGGGUCGUGAAAGAAACUUUCCUUCUGCCUUUGACCACCUUCCCCUGCUGCUGCCCUCUGCCUAAACCUGGCCAGAAGGUUCAAUCUCAUGAGAGGAGGCCAUUGCCUUCAGACUUAAUAUGUUGUCGCCUUGCGGGGACUCUCCUGGCGCUUUUAUUUACCCCAAAGGUUUGGCUAGGCCGGCCUGAGAUAGCUCAGCAUCAACAUCUUAUAUAAAAAUAAAGAAUAUCGCCCCAAACCCCUACACAAAGAUUCCCAUCCCAUACCUCUUAUUUGCUUAAGCGCGGAUCCGCGGAUCCGUGUUACACAUAAAAUGACAGUCCCUUCAACCAUUUCAAGAAACUCCGAUCUUAGUUUUUUUGUGCAGCCCACCGUAUAGCUCAUAUAGCUACUGUCCAAACAAGAAGCUUCAAAACAGUACCACAGCGGUGGCGUGGUAAGGCAUCGUCCAAAAAGUACGUCCGUUAUUCUCAAGAUUAAUUGGUAAAAUACGGGAGCUCGGCGCCUGCGACACUCGUGAUAGGCCACCCCGCAGUACACGCAUGCACUGUAAGUAAGAUGUUGCCUACCUAGCAGGCGCCAUGAGAGCUUGUAUGCCUGAACUCGGUCAUUCCGUAACGGCGGUUGACGGACGUACUUUCUGUACCCCUAAUCGUGGCCUGCUCAAGACCAACCCCCAAAGCCCAAGCGCCGAUGUGGCUCUAAGCUCGGCAACUCGGCAGAAAAGAGCGUGGGGGGGCACUAUCUCUUCUGGUAGAGACAGUCUUGGGGACUGUCUCAAACACCUGAAAAUACGCACAGUAUGGUGUCCCAAUACGAAAGGUGGAGCACGACUUAUGGGGUGUGGUUCCAUCUCAGAUUUGGACCGGACGCGGCUCUUAUGCAGGAUGGACAAAUUUCAAACUAGCCCCGUUUGGCCCAAAUCCGAGGAUUAGCAACCAUGCCCAAGUCGAGCUCAAACUUUCAUUUUGGGAUACCCCAACCCACCGUCCGCCUGCUACACCCCAUUCCAUCCCAUCCAAGCAACCCCCGAACCUAGAGGUAGAGGGGAAAAGAGCGCGGAAAGGCGGGGGCACUUUGCAUUUGCAUUCUGGUAGAGACAGUCUUCGGGAUUGUCUAAAAAUACUAAUUUACCCAGACGCUAUAGCCAGGGGGAGGGUCCUUAGCCGCAGUUUGGUCCCUCCUCUCCAUCUCGUCUCCUCUCUCACCCUCCCCUCUCACCCUCCCCUCUCACCCUUCCCUCCCCGCUGCUCGUGUCAUGAAUGAUCCCAUCGCUCCCACAUUGACCUCGCCCACGUUCUUCGGUUGCUAUGCCCGACCGUGUCACCGACGGCAGGUUAGUACUCUGAAAAAAUAAAUGCGUGUCUGGCACACAAAGAGAUCGCGAACAUGUUUGGGGUCCUCCUUCCAAGAUUGAUUACUCUACGUCACCAAAUCACCAUAUUGAAAUGCUAGUUGGCUUGAAACCCACCCCACACGCGUAUUUCGUAGUUAUCCUGGACUGCAUGCGUGCGGGGCAGAGAAGUGCCCUCACGUAUGCGAUACAACAGAAACACGAGUAACAGCCCCACACGGACUUCGAUACGGGGGACAAGAGGGCUUUGGAGCGCCCGAGCGCCCCUUUCUCCCUCUUUUCCUCCAAACGUCAACAAGCCACCUGGGCUAGAAAAACUGUGCAUCAGAAAGUAUGGAAAAUAAGGGUGCUUUCAGGGGGAUGGGUGGCUAUACUGUACCACAUUCAGGGCGGGUGGCUUGUCCCGCUAGCUCGGCGCCAGAGGACGCCUCGGUGAGCGGUAGUAUAGCCAUAGUCUAGCCAUAGUCCAGUAUAGGACUCUACCAUAGCCAAGCCCGCCCGCAUGGCUGCAUCGUGCAGUAUAACCGAAACGAAACACAGCUUCGCCCCCUGUCCGAGAGGUUGCACCCGCUGACCAAGAGCUAUGUCAAAGCCGGCGAAGGGUAGGACGGAGGACGAAGAAGACGCCCUCCCACCGCCCCCGCGGCAUGUGGAGCACCGAGUCGGAGGCUGCAAUGCAAUGGGGAGCCUCCCCCCUAAAAGUCAUGGAACGGACGCGAAGGCGUGGCAUGCCGUCGGCGGGCGGGGCGUGGGGUGGCGUUGGGCGGCGGGGCGGAGAGCCUGGUUCGGCCGGCAUUCAUAAUAUAUGAGGACCCGCGCCGCCCCGCCCCCCGCCGGACCGCGACGACCCGGCCGCCCCGCGCCGACGCUGCGGCUGGCCCACCUCGGGCCCUAUAAAAGGGAUGGCGUCGAGGACCGCGGCGCAGAGCUUGAGAAAGCCUCUAGCUGUCCAGUACUCCUGGCGCUGGUAGAGAUUCUCAUACCUCUCGCUCAGCUCACAACAUAACAACAAAAAAGAACACCACAACCAAAACACCACAAAAAUUUUAAAAUAACAUUUCAAGUAACUCAAGAACGAAGAAUUUUUCUCAAGAAACAGUGGUUUUAAAGUGUGCUGAUAAACUUAAAUUUUCAAUUCCUCCCGGUGAUUUUAUUAUUUUGAUAAAAAUGGAAUCCCUAUUCGCUGUGAGCGCGUCUACCUCCCUGCUCUUGUGCGCCGCUGCCGUGGUCGCCGUCCUCUUCCUGGCCGACCGCGCCCGACAGGCGCGCGCCGCCGCCAAGGCAAAGCUCCUCGACUCCGAGUUCGGCGACGAGCUGCCGGCGCCACCAGGACCACACGCCUGGCCCAUCAUCGGCAACCUCCACCUCCUCGCCGGGUACGCCGUGCCUUACCAGGCGUUCACCCCGCUGGCCAACCGCUACGGCAGCGUCUUCAAGCUCAGCCUCGGCUCGGCGCCGUGCGUCGUCGUCAACGGCCUGUCCAACAUCAAGGAAGUCAUCGUGACGAAGGGAGCCCAGUUCGACGGACGCCCCAACUUCCGCCGCUACCACGAACUCUUCUGCGGCGACAAAGAGAACUCGCUGGCGUUCUGCGACUGGUCCGCGGUCCAGAAGGCGCGCCGCGAGAUGCUGCGCGCCCACACCUUCCCCCGCGCCAUGUCGGCGCGCUGGACGCAGCUGGACUCGCUGCUGGGCAUUGAGCUGGACGCGGUGCGCAGCCGGCUGGACGCGGCCGGGGCGGGCGCGGCCGUGGAGGCCAAGCCCCUGUUGCUGGGGGCCUGCGCCAACGUCUUCACCUCGUACUUCUGCAGCAAGCGGUUCAACCCUGACGACGCCAGCUUCCGCGACAUGAUCCACAACUUCGACCGCAUCUUCGACGAAGUCAACCAGGGCUACGCCGCCGACUUCCUCCCCUGGCUGCUGCCCCUGCACUCGCGCCACUUCGCCACCCUGGCCGGCUGGAGUCACAAGAUCCGCGACUUCAUGACCAACUCGAUCCUGCAGGAGCGCCUGGACGCGUGGGAGCACGGCAAGCAGAGCGACGCCACCAAGGACGACUACGUCGAGGAGCUGAUCGGACACGUGCGCGGCAACGCGGAGCCGGCCAUGUCCUGGGACACGGCCAUGUUCGCGCUCGAGGACAUCGUGGGCGGCCACUCCGCAGUCGGCAACCUGCUCAUCAAGGUGCUCGGUUACGUCGCCACCCACCCCGAGGUCCAGGACCGCGUCCACGAGGAGGCGGUGCGCGCCGGCGUCACCAAGGGCAAGACCGUCACCCUGGCCGACCGCACGCUCAUGCCUUACACGGAGGGCGUCGUCCUGGAGGCCAUCCGACUCAUCUCCUCGCCCAUUGUCCCGCACGUUGCCAACCAAGACUCCAGCAUUGCAGGCUACAAGGUGGAGAAGGACACCCUCAUCUUCCUGAACAACUACGAGCUCAACAUGUCACCCGCACUAUGGACCAAGCCGGAGGAGUUCAUGCCCGAGCGCUUCGUGUCUCCCGAAGGUCGUCUCGCCAAACCCGAACACUUCCUACCCUUCGGCGGCGGCCGGCGAUCUUGCAUGGGCUACAAGAUGGUACAGUACGUCUCCUUCGCCACGAUCGCCAACCUGCUUAACGAGUACCGGAUACUGCCUAUCCAAGGCCGAGACUACACCGUGCCGAUCGGAAACCUUGCCCUGCCCUGGGACUCGUACCAGUUCCACUUCGAGAGGCGGUAGCGCGCUAUACCACACGGCGUUCACCUGCCAAACCGGCACUUUUUGCGAACCAAAGAACGAUAGUCGUGGGCUACUGCUCCGGUGAUCUUAAUUCAGCGAGUUUUCGCUUUAAUCGUUGCAAAAUGCAAGGAUGUUUGCCUUGAAAAAAAUAAUCUUCGUGAUAAAAGUAACUGAUAAAGAUAAUGAAUAACCGGAUAAAACCGUGGGUAAUAUAUUUCGUUACUAGUUUUGGGCUGAGUAAGAUAGGAUGUUAUCUGGCCUGGCCAAGUAUUGGUCAGAGUGACAUUAUAACAAGUUAGUAAAUUUUGCACAGGGCUCCGUAACUUAUUAAUUAACUGCCUUUAACGUUGUUUUAAGAGUUAAAGUUAUAACUUGAAACUUUUAAUGUAGUCCUUUAGAAAAAAGUUAGAUAUUCGACAUGUCCAACUUUUUUCCACAGAGUUUACGACUAACAUCGGACAUAUUUCAAAAUCGAUUACUUUAACUAUUAAUUUGACUUGUGUUUUGUUGUGUUGACUGACGAACAUUCGUUCGUGUUAUGAUAAGCUACGGAGCCCUGAUUUUGCAAAUCAGUAUCUCUGAGAUCCUUUCAUUUAAAAAUCAGAUGAACAAAAACUAGGUAGGGCCUACUUGCUAAAAGCUGCUUGUCUAUAAUUACGAGGUACUCUCAAGCUCUGCUUCCUAAAUCAUAUAGUUUUUCUUCAUGACAAUAGUUUUUUCAUAACAUGAUUCUAGAACGCAUACCUACCGGUUGUUUCGGUGCACGCGCCGGUGCGGGCGGCUUUGCGUACUCCUUGCCCAUAAGGAGUACACAACAAUCCCACCCGCACCGGUUGGUGCGUGUACCAAAACAACCGGUAUAAUUUUUUUGAAAAAAUGUGCUACUCGUGACAUAGCCUUACUUACAACUGUAAUAUGCUUAAAAUCGAAUAAGAAUAAUCUGGUAGUAAUUCACUAUUGACUGACUAUGGUUUUCUAUAAUUACUUGUUGAGGCUGAGAAAAAAUUGCCAAAGAUGUUCCUAACUUUGGGAACGCCAGGAACGUUCACGUACUUUGCAAGGAAAUGGGAAAACAAAAACAAAACAAAUGAGAUAUUUUGAUGUUUGACGCGUAAUUUUAGUUUAAUCUACUCGUGUGUUAUUAUCACUCAUUUAAAUGAUUAUUUAUUUUUCAUUAAGAUGUGGCCAGUGCUAAAGAAAAACAACAAAGGUCGACGAUGUGGCAUUGGCAGGCGUCAGCACAAGCACAAGUAUUUUAAGGUCUUAUUACUCUAGUAUUUAUUAUAAAUUGUCAAUGCUUGUGACUUUUACAAGUAAAAAUAUGAAAAGGCAUGCACUGAAUUAAGCCUUCACAAACUUUGAUUGAUAAAAGUAUGUAAUUCUAGCUCAACGUUUAGACUGUCUUCCCCGUUGGCCAAUUGAUAUGUUGAUAUUUUUCUAUGCUGUAAGUGCGACCUGAUGAAAAAUGUCUACUACUUCAUUGAAAUAACUGUUACGAAAACCUGGACCAUACGAGUCAAAAUUUUAUGUAAGUUCCGUGAGAGACAAAAAUUCCUCUCCUUCGAAUAAACUUAAAGAAAAUAUUUAAGACUAA